UCUUGAGUUUCUCUGGGAAUACUGCGCCCAACUAUUCCCCCUCGUCGCUCUAGCCUCCCAGGGCUCCUUUCCCCCGUUUUAUCCUUGCAUUUGUAACCUGCCAUUCAGUCCGAAACACGAUAUCUGGUUGAGUUAUACUAGCAGUACUGCUGACGCCUAGCAGUAGUUGUUCUCGCCUUUUUAGCAUGGCAGCGUGCCUGUCUAUAGGGCCGGCCAUGCCGGUCCAUACGCACGCCUCGUCUCUCGCUCAAUCCCUUCAAUUCUCUCUUCGCAACGCUUCAUCGCGCCCUAUCUCUCUCCGCUCCUCCCUCCUAACCCCUGCUCGAGUCCCAUCCUUGUCAUUUACCUCGAGUCCCGACCUCCUGUCUCAAAGCCUUUCUUCAAAACAUUUUUCCGAUUCUCCGCGUGGAUUUCCAAUGCACGGUAGAUUUACCCGGAGAUUAGUCUCGGCGGGAGGGGGAGGAGCGGGAUUGGCGGGGGAGCAAGAUCAGGGCCAGGAGAAGGGCGAAGGAGGGCCGUCCGAUCUCCCUCCCGUGCCGGCCGGCCGGAUGAUGGUGCCGAUGAUGAAGAAAGGCUACGGCGCGUUUGGCGGGGCCACUCUCGAGAAGUCGAAGCUCGACCUUUCGUUCUCCACCGCCAAAACCGGCGCGCAGAUCGAGCUCGGAGGAGGCGGAGGCAACAUCGGUAAAGGCAUCGGCCACGGGGGCGGCGACGGCGGCGACGACGGGGGCGACGACGACGACUACUUCGGCGACGACGACGGCGACGAGGGCGACGACGACGGGUUCAUCCGCCGCGCGAUCAUCUCAGAGGUGUUUGAUCGCGCGUCCAUCGAAGCGGUGCUGCAGGAGUGGUUCCGCACCAUGGCGGAUUUGCCUGCUGGGAUACGCCGAGCCGUGGAACUGGGUCUUGUCAGUUCGGCUCAAGUGGCUCGACUCUUGGGCAUUGACGCUCGGCCAACCAUGGCGAGACUCAUCUCCCGCCUCGCCCCUCCUGAGGUCUCCCGCGCCUUCAUUGGCAGAAUGAUGGCAGACCCGGCUUUUCUUUUCAAGCUCGCCUUGGAGCAAGCAGCCACCAUCGCCACGGCUAUUCGAUGGGAGGUGCAGCAGCGGGGGGAGAGGCUCAGGCACGAGUGGCCCCUCGCCCUCUCCAACGUCCUCUCCCUCUCCCUCUGUAAUCUAGCUGUUGUCUGGUGCCUCUCGCCCUCGAGAUCUUAUGGGUCUACGGCUACUAACGAGGUCCAGAUGGCCCUUCAGAAGCUCCCCAAUAACGUGUUUGACAGGAGCUAUUCGCUGCGGGAAUUCAAGCUGCCCGAGCGGGCGGGCAGUUUCUUUUUCAACGCUGCCCGGCUGAGUCUGAUUGGCUCGGCGGUGGGCGCAGCCGGUGGGGCAGUUUCAAACGCUUUGUUGAGAGGAAUGAAAGGGAAGCAGGAGGAAGUAGCAUUAGGAGAGAAGAAAGAGCUGGAGAUGCGAGGAAAUGAGGAGCCGUAUCGACCAUCUGUAGCAGUACCAUCAGCUGCAACGUCAGCUGCAGCAUUUGGGGCCUUCACCGGACUUUCUGGGAACCUUCGGUAUCAGCUGCUGUACGGGGCUGACCGGCUGCUGCAGGAGCACUUCAACCACAUCCCCGUGGCCAUUCUUGGCAGCACUGCCUUGCGGGUCGGCAACAUACUGCUGGGCGAGUCAUCCCGCCUCUCUUGGCUCGGGCUGGACAACGAUUCCGUGCAGCAGGCCCAGGCAGAGCACCGGGCCUACCACCGACCCUCGCUCGCAGGCUCGGGGAAGAGGUCCGGCAGCAAGCCCACUUUGUCGUCCCUCCUGAGAUACCUUGGGGUUGGGGAUGGAGCGGGAGGAAAGGGAGGGAGAGCAGGGGGGAGGAGACGUUUGGUUAAGAAAGCCGCAGGGAGAGGAGGAAAGGCAGAGGGGAAAAGCGAGGGGGAGAAGGCUGGGGCUGACACGGUGGUUCGAAGGAAGGUGAAGCGGAAAGUGGCCAUGGCUCAAUAGUGUGCUCAGUGCUCACCAACCGAGGUGACUUUUGAGUCGACUCAAAAGAGGGGAAGAGUGAGGGAGAGAAGGCUGGGGCUGACACUGGUUCGGAGGACGGUGAAGCGGGAAGUGGCUGUCCCACAGUAGUGUGCUCCUCUCUGCCCGAAAUGUGAAGAAAUUACCUUUGAAGCGCCUCGAAAGGAAGGUGCCCUGUGGUGUGCCCUCAAAGUGGGAGGUUUCCGUUGCUCUGUAGUGUGCCCCGUUUGUGAAUAAAGUAGUGUUGGAGGAGGUUUGCAGCUGAUACAUGAAUCCUACUUGCAUAACACUAAUUGUGUACCCUCUUGUGGCACGCCCCUUGGUCUGAUGCAUACGUGCAAGUCUGUUGCAAUGCACAUGCUAUUGUAAUAUGCACGUA